UGAAGUGUGUGAGGUUAUUGCGUCAGAAACAAUGAUGACAAAGUAUUUCGCAGUAACAGACAGGAAACACUCCCAGUACCCAGUACUGCAGUAUGUGUGUACCACUGAAGUAACACGUACACAUACUGCACAUACUGUGUACUGUGUACUGUAUACUGUGACUAAAACUACUGCACCGACAUGAAGAAACGCAAACUGAGUCUGAAGUGGUUCGGGAGUCUGUCGAAUCUGUCCAAACACAGAGCUGCCCCGGUGCAUGAUGGGAGGGAGGUGGAGGGGGCGUGGCCUGAUGGCGAGGUGGACAGGCCCCGCCCCCUUCGUUACGCGAGCUCAGCCGAAAUGUACACACACGUGGGAACUAUACCACGAGACUCGAGAACGAGAGCGAGUACUAGAGACAGGUCUCUGUCGCCUCUGGAGAACGUGCGGGACUCUCCUCUACUCGGAGCGCUGCACACUCUGGCUCCUCCCACCUCCCACCUGACUCCUCCCCCUCGCUCAGGUGUGCUGGAGGCGCAGGUGAAGCGUCGGAGCGCCGGAGACGAGGAGGAAGAGGACGAGAAGGAGGUGAAGAAGAAGGUGGAGGAGGAGGAGUGUGAGGGCGUCUACGUCCUGAUGGAGCCGGUGAAGAAGGAGCUGAGAGGCAACGAGACGAGAGAACAACAGCUCAGGGAGCAGCAGGACGGUGGAGACGACUUGAAGUUUUCAAAGACGAAUCUCCGUGAAGAUCCAGGUCUGGUCCCGGGUCUGGUCCCGGGUCUGGUCCCGGGUCUGGUCCCGGGUCUGGUCUCGGGUCUGGUCCCGGGUCUGGACCGGAGAAUGGAGCGUUCCCAGGGGCCCCUCCCUCUGCAGGGUGCAGAAGAGCGCCUCCUGCGGGCAGAAGAGCAGAGCAGGUCUCACAGAUCGACUCUUCCCUCGGAGACGGACGAGUCCCCAGAGUCUCGUCUCAGAUCUGAGGAGCUUAAAGUCUCAGAGCCGGACUGUGGCAGGUCCGAGCACCUGUCCCCGCCCCCGACAAACGAGCCCAACCAACUGAUCAUCUCACCAACCCAGGACUCAACCCAAGACCUGAACCAGGACCUGAACCAGGACCUAAACCAGGACCUGAACCAGGAUCCAGAACAGAACAUGGACAAACCUCUGGACCUACAGGAUUUAAACCGGUUUAAGGACAAACACCAAGACCAAGAAUCAAACCAGGACUUAAAGCAGUAUCUGCGUGAGGACUCAAAACAGAAUCCAGACCGAGUUUUGGACCAGGACCAGGACUCGGACCAGGACUCGAGCGGCUACACUGAGCUGGUGCCUCAGAGCUACGUGGAGCGUCUGCGCGUCGAGGACCGGAGCUCCGAGAAGCUGAAGGCUAAAAACGUCCCCGGCGCGUCCGAGUCCACGUCCCGCUUCAGCCCCCGGGUCGAGUCCACGUCCUGUUUCCGGCCGCUGUCGUACCGGUCGGCGCUGAUGUCCCCGGAGAACCGCCCUCUGGAAGCCGACGUCCUGCGGAGGGUCAAACACAUCCUGGCCCAGGUCCACCCCAAGACGGCCGCUCUGCACAUCACCAAGGCCGACUGCGAGGUGGGGCGGAUCGUGCAGGUGAGUCCACAGCAGCAGAGGAUCAUGGGAGCUCAGUCUGGAGUGGAGCUUCUCACUCUGCCCCACGGACGACAACUCAGACUGGACCUGCUCGAGAGGUUGGAGACCCUGGCCCUGGCUCUGGCGGUGCAGGUCCUGGGCUGCACCGGGUCGCUGGAGGAGCGGGCGUCUCUGGUGAACAGGUUCAUCCUCACGGCCUCAGAGCUCCGCAGCUCCGUGGGAAACAUGUUCGGGUUUGGAGCCGUGAUGAGAGCGCUGCAGCUGCCUCAGGUGUCUCGUCUGGAUCAGACCUGGGCGACGUUACGUCAGCGACACACAGAGGGCGCUGUUCUCUAUGAAAAAACCCUCAGACCCUUCAUGAAGAAUCUGAACGAGGGACGAGAGACGUGUCCUCUCUCUGGGACGUGCUUCCCUCACGUCCUUCCUCUGCUCGUGCUCAUGGAGAGAGCGGCUCCGGGAGCGGCUCCGGGAGCGGCUCCGGGAGCGGCUCCGGGAGCGGCUCCGGGAGCGGCUCCGGGAGCGGCUCCGGUGGACGGUCUGGACGGUCUGGACGGUCUCCAGCUCUGGGACUCGGACCUGGGGGUGGACGUGCUCAUGUUCCACCUGUCGGCCGCAAGAACCAUGGCCCAACUCGGGAACAUCUACAAGAACAACGCCAGGAGCAGACUGCAGGGUCUGGAGCUGGACUCGGGUCUGGAAGACGUCUUCUCCACAGAUUUCCAGAUGCGUCUCCUGUGGGGAAGCUCAGGAGCCUCUGCCCCGCAACAUCUCAGAUACAAGAAGUUCUACCAAGUCCUGACCGCCCUGUCCCACAGACUGGAGCCUCCCCGAACCCGGACCAAGACCUGAACCCGGACCAAGACCUGAACCCGGACCAAGAACUGAACCCGGACCAGGACCUGUACCAGGACCAAGACUUGAACCCGGACCAAGACCUGAACCAGACUGUUUUUUUUGUUUUUUUUUUUUUUUUAAAAGUAAAAAAUAACCCAAACUAAUCUGGAUUGACAGUUUUAGUGGCUCCUGUUUGAAAGUGUUUAAUAAAGAAUUAUUCAGGAACUUUACUCAGAAGUUUUAACUUUAUUUAUUAAGAUUUAACACUUAGAUUUGAUAAAAAUAUGAAAAUUGUAAAUGUUUUCUAAAAAUAAAUGUUUUUUUAAUAUUUAAUAAA